UUUGAGCGGAAUUGUUAAAAAGAGCAUAUUUUCAAGACAAAAAGUAUAUGAGACAGAAAAAAGAAUAAGGCUUUGAGUACAUUAAUUUGUCCAAGGUCACCAUUUGACUCUGAAAAUGUCGUUUCGAAUAAGUGGUUGGGGUGAACAGUUUUCGGAAGCCUUCUAUGAACGGGCUACAGCAUUAUUGAGUGCCGCCCUUAACAAGGGCGCAAAGCAUUCAUUAAUUGCUGAUCGCAUCACUGUGAAGGAAUUGAAUAUGGGUGAACAACCACCAGAAUUGGAGAUUCUAGAAAUAGGAGAUCUGGCGCCUGAUCGGUUUCAAGGUUUAUUUAAUUUCCAUUACUCGGGAAAUGCAUCACUGGUUUUGCAAACAAAAAUUCGUGCGAAUCCUUUAUCUGUGGAAAAAAGAAAAGUACCUAGUUUUGGUGCAAAAAAUACUAUGCUAGCGUCUUGUGCUCCGUUAACAGUCCCUAUGUUCUUGCGCUUGUCAAAUCUUAAACUGAAUGGUAUUGUUGUUUUAGUAUUUUCAAAGCAAAAGGGAAUCACUAUGGUGUUUCGCAAUGAUCCUUUAGAGUCUUUGCGCGUUUCUUCCUCCUUUGACUCAAUUCCUGCGAUAGCUCGGUUUUUGCAGAGAGAGAUAGAGGUGCAACUUGCUGCUUUGUUCCGAGAAGAACUCCCUUCUAUCAUUUACAAAAUGUCUCGUUUAUGGUUUGCCAAAGCAGAUCCAGCCCUUCCUUUUUCAGUUCCUAAACCAAAACCAACUUACUGUGGAACUUCCAGGGAGGCUGAAUUGCCAGCUUCUUCAAACUCGGACUAUCUGGAUGGACCGCCGGAUUACAUUGAAUCCACUAAAGUCGAUGCUCAGUAUCCAAUGAAAAUGGGUCCGUUAGAUGUCCAUGCUCAUUCUAAUCUUCAGUCGUUGACAAACUUGGCUUUGUCAAGAAACUGUCUGCAUCCAAAAUCCUCAAAAAACAUUCCUAUGUGCAUAUUUAGGUCUACUCCGUUCGAUACCAUUCAUCGCCUUUCGGCGCAAUCUGAGGACUCCACGUGUACUCCUCCUUCAACAAUUUCCCCUUCUCCUUCUACAGAUUAUUUCUCUACUCAGCAUAAUGUUUCUACAGCAGGAUCUCCGCGACCUACAAUAUUUGGCAAAAUGAAGAAUGCCCACCCACAUCGUCGUCGUGAACAAGUUAAAAAACGUCACGUUAUCCGCUUACAACCAUCAAAAACCGUGAAACCCUCGCCGUCUAAUACAAAUUCUGCUACUCAUAAUUCGGACCCUUUUGUCUGCGAAUCACAAUCAUCUGCAAAUAAAGAAAAGUCUGCAGUUGAAGAUUCUCUGGAAAAAAAGUCAGAAAAAGUAAUCCUUUGUGAUUCUGAUAUCAAGGAUCCAAUUGAAAAAUCUCCUUUAUUGGACAGCCCUAUUCCUCGUUGGAGAGCAGACGAAUUACAAAGCAAGUUAAAAGCGGAAUUAAUAUCAAAUAAGCCUCCCCACACGCGACAUAAUUCGAUAAAGCUGCUCGCUCUGCAGCGAUUGUUGCAAGCUAAUCGCUCUUUUUGAUUCUUUCUUUUUUGUUUAUUCGCUCGCUCUGUGUAUAUCUCGAAUAAUGUACGAGAAAAGGAGCGGUUAAAAGAUUCCAUUGUGCUUAUUACUAGCUAACUGAAACUAUCAAGCAUAUUUUUAUGGCUUUUGUAUAUUACCACUGAGAAGCGUUUCUUUUUUAUUUAUACUCCGUUAAUGUUUUUACCUUUACGUUGCUGAUUUCGACAAUUAAAAGUUGAGUUUUAAGAUUGACUUUGAAUAAUAUCAUCGCUAAAAUAUUAUAUCUAAGAAUGGUA